AUGGGGUCGAACGGCGGCGGCUUCGACUUCGACCUAUGCAAGCGCAACGCGCUGCUGGAGCGGAAGGGGAUGGCGCCGCCAAAGGCCUGGAAAACGGGCACGACCAUCGCGGGCGUGGUAUAUAAGGACGGGGUGGUCCUUGGCGCAGACACGCGCUCGACCUCCGGGUCGACCGUGGCGGACAAGAACUGCGAGAAGAUCCACUACAUCGCGCCCAACAUCUACUGCUGCGGCGCGGGCACGGCGGCGGACACCAUGAACGUGACGGCCAUGAUCAGCAGCUCCCUCGACCUGCACCGCUACGCCACGGGCCGCCAGUCGCGGGUGGUCACCGCCAUGACCAUGCUCAAGUACCAGGGCCACGUCAGCGCGGCGCUGGUGCUGGGCGGCGUCGACCUCAACGGGCCUCACCUCUUCACAAUCUUCCCCCACGGCUCUACGGACGCGCUGCCGUACGCCACGAUGGGCAGCGGCAGCCUCAACGCCAUGGCCGUGUUCGAGGCGGGCUUCAAGGAGGACAUGACCAAGGAGGAGGCCAUGGCCCUCGUGGCGGCCGCGAUCAGGAGCGGCGUGUACAAUGACCUGGGGUCGGGCUCCAACGUGGACCUGUGCAUCAUCUCCAAGGAGGGCGUGGAGUACCUGCGCAACCACGAGUUCCUCAUGGCCAAGACGUACACGCGGAAGUUCCCGGUGACGUACGCCAAGGGCACGGCACCCGUGAUCAAGGAGAAGCUCAUCCCCCUCAGCGCAGUGGACGUCACAGAGGGCGCGGAGGAGGCCAUGGACACCAGCUAG